AUGGACUUGGGAUCGAACUCGAACGAUCCAUCUAACUCUUUGAUAUUCUCCUUUCUUUUCAUUCGCAGUCUUUCGGUGUUGACUUGUGAUACAAAGAUGUUGAAAGGACUUACAAGGUCAAAGACUGAGUUUGAAUCCGCAAGAAAACAUUUAAGCCUUCCUUUACCAUAUGCAACAAUCACACUGUCUAAUGUUCUGCAUAUACAAUGA